CUCGGACGUCACACUCAGGCGACGGAAGUUGCGUCGUUGACUCGCACAGGCAGAAAUGGCUGGUUUGAUCAAGAAGACCACGGGCUUGGUUGGCCUUGCUGUCUCCCACAACCCACACGAGCGUCUUCGGAUUCUGUACACAAAGAUCUUAGGCUCUCUACAAACUAUGCCUCAGGAUGCUGCCUACAGGAAAUACACGGAGCAGCUGAUCAAUGACAGGUUCAAUCAUGUCAAAGCUGAGCCAGAUGUAGAAAAGCUUGAAAAGAAAAUCAACUGUGGACAGAUUGAGGAGGUUAUUGCACAGGCUGAGGCUGAGCUGGCUUUGUCCAGGAAGAUGACGGAAUGGAAACCGUGGGAGCCUCUCGUAGAGGAAGCGCCGGCGAACCAGUGGAAAUGGCCCAUCUGAAGUCUCAUGAUGUUCAUGUACAUAUUAUGUUUAUAUUAAAUAAUAAAUAAACAAACACUGUCCAUUUAA